AUGGGUAGCAUGGAGAUGAAAUGCAAACGAAGCGUAGCCUUAGACAAGAACAUUGACCUAAGAGAAGGAUAUUUUGUACCUUCAGCAGCGUAG